UGCUGCUACGUUUGUUUGACUUGCCAGAGUAUAAAUCUCGCCGUUCCGCUUCGACCGCUCCCGUUUCGGCCGCUUUCCUCCCUUUUCUAUCCUGCCAUCUCUCUUCCUCCCACUCUGUCUCGAAACGACCACGCCUCAACUGCUUCGUGCAUUUUGUUCACGCCCUCCUCCGUACACCCCAUUCUUACCAGUUCCUUCUCUCCGAGUUUCGAAACCCUAAAUACUCUAUUCGUUGCUCCCACAUCCUUGAUCCUGCCGGAUUCCCAAAACCUACUCGAGACGGAUCGCCGGUGGUCCAGCGCUCUACUACAACCUCCACCACCACCACCACUACUACUACUACUACUAGUAUCCCACCACCUGCCGUCCCGUCAGCAACGGCACCACUUACCCUACGAGACAGCGGCGAGCACUUACACCAGCCGUCCGUCCAUCCGCCUGCCUGCCUGCCCGCAGCUCAGAAGCAAAAAAACAUCGCCUCUUCCUCCUAAACUCCCCGCCCGUGUCUUACGGCCCCCUCUGGCUGGCGCCCCUCCCCCGCCCGCCUCUCUUUCCCCCCCUCCCCCCUCUCUUCUCUUCUCGUCCCUUUUUCUUUCUUUCCCUUCCCUCCUCUGAGAGAAUGAACCACAUCAUCAAGCAAAAGAUGGAAAACCAAGAAUUCGUACAAAUCGCCACCCUCACCUUCCGGCCGGCCCUCCUGCGGCCCGACGACCCCUCCUCUCCGCCCGCCGCCUUCUACGACGUCUCGGCGCAGGUGCAGGCCGUCCCCGGCGCAAAGGCCGUCUACCUGGGCCAGCAGAUGGAGCGCCCCGACCACUGGACCUGGGCCGUCCGCUGGGCCUCGGACGCCGCCCUCGACGCCUUCCUCGCCUCCCCGACCUUCACCGGCUGGCUCGCCGACUUCCGCGCCCUCGCCGACUCGUACGUCUUCACCCGCGCCCUGCUCCGCGGCGGGGACGUCGCCGCCGCCCUCGGCGCCCCCUGCACAGAGGUCUUCACCGCGUACGGCGCCUCCCCGGACUGGCUCGACGCCCGCAUGAAGCCCUUUGCCGCCGCCGUCAGCGCCGCCCACCUCCAGGGCUAUCACGGCUCCGCCUACGGCCAGUUCGACCUGCUCGCCCAGGCCGGCGUCGAGGCCCCCGCCGGCAUCACCAUCAGCUUCAUCCUCGGCUGGGACUCCAAGGCCGCCCACCUGAGCCACCGUGGCGAGGGCAAGUUAAUCGACAACAACCUUCACUACGUCAACAGCGACCGCAAAUCAACCGACAUGGUAAGGCCGCCCCUCCAUUCGCCCCUCUCCAUCCCUCCCCUCCAUCCAUCCGACAGCAGCCGCCCGCACCCAGCCUUCGUUGCAACGCGUUGACCUGGUUUCCCCGCGCAGUACCACGUCAUGCUCAGACGACUCUGACCCCAUCCACCCGUCCACCAAUCACGCCUACCUGCCUCCUGAUCGGGGAACAUGAGAGCCAGCGACUGAUUUCCGGCGGCCCAAACGACGGCCCCAACCACACUCAUCUUUUGUUUCAAGCGGUUGCCUUCUAUGACCUCUUCAGGUACUCUGUCAUCUUGGAUAGCUCAAUCUAUCGUGGACAUGUCGUCCGUCCCCUCCUGGCUCAUCCGAGCCUCCGCUGGACAAGCCAGCCGGCUUGCUAGGUACAAGACGACCACGCCGCCCAACGCCAUGAGAGAACCGUAUGUGCUAUUCGAACAAAGUACAAAGUGCUGCCAGUAGUUGCCGGCCGCGCGUAUAUCCCUUUUGGCCCAGCCGACACAAAAAAGUAGAAGCCAUCGACAAAUGUCUGGAAAAGGCCGUCUCCAACCAUAAACCCCUCAAAAACUUGUGAC